ACUUCCGGCCGCUAGAAGCGCAGUGCUAGACUCCAGGUCUCGCGAGAGUGGCUGGGGCGUUUGACAGCCUGAGGAGAAGGGGAGGCGGUGGGCGUCUGAGAGAACAGAGCAAGAUGGAGAAGCGAGCCCGAGGCGUGAAGCCGGGCGUCAACCAAACCUUGAACCAGACCCCUCAGCAGGCGCCGCUGGCCCUUAGGAAAGAGAGAAGGCCUAGCAUGUUCGAGAAGGAGGCAUAUGCACAGAUUUUGAGAGAAAGACUGAGAGAGUCAAUUCAUGAUGUUCAGUAUGUGGAGCCUCCUUUUGAUGACUCAAUUGCUGAUAUAGGUAAAGAAUGGAAGAGUGCCCUGGCAAAAUUAAAGUUUGCUAAUUCAUACAGAAUGGAGCCAGUGAAGAAAUUCCAAGCUCAUUCAGUAGAAACUAAAGUCCAGCAGAUACUAACAGAAAGUCUUAAAGAUGUCAAAUAUGAUGAUAAAGUCUUCUCUCACUUGUCACUCGAAUUGGCAGACCGCAUACUGUUAGCGGUCAAAGAAUUUGGGUACCACCGUUAUAAGUUCAUUAUAAAAGUAUUAUUCAUUCAAAAGACUGGCCAAGCAAUAAAUAUUGCCAGCAGAUGGAUCUGGGACAUUGCAUGGGACAGCUGGGUCGCAGCGAAACACGAAGCAGAAUCCUACAUGGCACUGGUCUUGGUGUUUGCCCUUUAUUAUGAAUAGAUCAUUACAGGUACUAAGGAGUGUUUACCUCUGAACUUUUAAAAAAUAAAUGAAAUUUAUAUAUUUGUGAAUCUCA